CCCUCUGCUGCCCAGUCGCACCGCCAGCAGGCUGAGGGCGGCAGGGAGCUAGCUAGCGGUGACUGCAGGCGACAGGACUGACCCGAGCCGAGCUGUCGCCUUCCUCACGGCCCGCUAUCCAGGUGUGUGAACCUGUGCAGUGCUCCAAGAUGAUCUGGGGUGUUUUAAUGAUGGCGAUUCUACUUCCUCAGUCUUUAGCCCAUCCAGGGUUUUUUACGUCAAUUGGUCAGAUGACUGACUUGAUCCAUAAUGAGAAAGACCUGGUGACAUCACUGAAAGAUUAUAUUAAAGCAGAAGAGGACAAAUUAGAGCAAAUCAAAAAAUGGGCGGAGAAGUUAGACCGGCUAACCAGUACAGCAACAAAAGAUCCAGAGGGGUUUGUCGGCCAUCCCGUAAAUGCGUUCAAGUUAAUGAAACGUCUGAACACUGAGUGGAGUGAGCUGGAGAAUCUGGUCCUCAAGGACAUGUCGGAUGGCUUCAUCUCUAACCUAACCAUUCAGAGGCAGUACUUCCCUAAUGAUGAAGAUCAGGUUGGAGCAGCUAAAGCUCUGUUUCGUCUGCAAGACACCUACAAUCUGGACACAAAUACCAUCUCAAAGGGCAAUCUUCCAGGAGUGCAACACAAGUCUUUCCUAACAGCCGAGGACUGCUUUGAGCUGGGCAAAGUGGCCUAUACAGAAGCAGAUUAUUACCACACAGAACUGUGGAUGGAACAGGCUCUGGCGCAGCUGGAGGAGGGCGAGGUGUCUACGGUAGAUAAAGUCUCUGUUCUGGAUUAUUUGAGCUAUGCAGUGUACCAACAGGGAGACCUGGAUAAGGCACUUUUGCUCACAAAGAAGCUUCUCGAACUAGAUCCUGAACAUCAGAGAGCUAAUGGUAACUUAGUAUAUUUUGAGUAUAUAAUGAGUAAAGAAAAAGAUGCCAAUAAGUCUGCUUCGGAUGACCAAUCUGAUCAGAAAACUACACCAAAGAAAAAAGGGAUUGCUGUGGAUUACCUGCCGGAGAGACAGAAGUACGAAAUGCUGUGCCGUGGGGAGGGUAUCAAAAUGACUCCCCGGAGACAGAAAAGGCUGUUCUGCCGCUACCAUGAUGGGAACCGGAAUCCUAAGUUCAUCCUGGCCCCAGCCAAGCAGGAGGACGAGUGGGACAAGCCCCGGAUUAUCCGUUUCCAUGACAUCAUCUCUGACGCGGAGAUUGAGAUCGUCAAAGACUUAGCAAAACCAAGGCUGAGGCGAGCCACCAUUUCAAACCCAGUAACAGGAGCCUUGGAGACGGUACAUUACAGAAUUAGCAAAAGUGCUUGGCUGUCCGGUUACGAAGACCCUGUGGUGUCCCGAAUCAAUAUGAGAAUACAAGAUCUCACAGGACUGGAUGUCUCUACAGCCGAGGAGUUACAGGUAGCAAAUUACGGAGUUGGAGGACAGUAUGAGCCCCAUUUUGACUUUGCAAGGAAAGAUGAGCCGGAUGCUUUUAGAGAGCUUGGGACAGGAAAUAGGAUCGCCACGUGGCUGUUCUACAUGAGUGAUGUGUCUGCUGGAGGAGCUACUGUUUUUCCUGAAGUGGGAGCCAGUGUUUGGCCCAAAAAAGGCACUGCUGUCUUCUGGUAUAACCUGUUUGCCAGUGGGGAAGGAGAUUACAGUACACGGCAUGCAGCCUGUCCCGUGCUAGUUGGAAACAAAUGGGUAUCCAACAAAUGGCUCCAUGAACGUGGACAAGAAUUUCGAAGGCCGUGUACUCUGUCAGAAUUGGAAUGACAACCAGGCUUCCCUUGGCUCCUGCUGUCCUCUAAUGCACCAGGCACGAUUGCUGACUAUAACUCUCAGACGUUUACAGCUGACUAACACUCCAUGAUUGACUGGGUCAUGAGCCUCAUCCCCAUGUCUCAUCUGUGGACAAUCACUUAUUGGGUGGAUUGUUUUUUUUAAUUAACACUCAAUCACCAUAGUAUGUGAAACUUAUGGUUCAGUUAUCACAGGAUACAGGGCAUUUAAAAUGAGGAACCUAAUUUUGUUGUUUAAAAGGGUUUUUUGGUUAAUUUUUUUUUAAAAAAGCAUCUAGGAGUAGAUUUCACCACAUGUCAGGAGCUGGUGGAGCAGGCAAGGCUGUGUGGCAGACGUGCAGACGGCAGGCAUGCAGAUGGCAGGCAUACAGACGCCCAUGCGCUACUCUUCCGCUGUCUGGACUGCUGAGCACGGGUAACUAACUAGGGCCCAGUCAGGUCUGCUAGUCCAUGUGCAGAGCUCCUGUUAUUUAAAGAAACUCUUUUUAUCAAAUCCCCCUCCUCACCACGGGUGAAUUCAGCCAGUUUGAGAAAAUUACUUUGUUCAAACAGUCCUGUGGAACUGGCCUCCCAACCGAGAGCUCAGACUUCGCCCUUUUCCUCAGUGACUGCUGGUUGUCCAGAGACUGUUCCAAGUGCCAAUCCGCUGCAGCAGGCGCUGGGGUUGGCAUUCCAAUUAAAUUCUGUGCCUUAGGAGACUGGGAGUUAAAAAAUGGACAGGUCCUUGUACUGAGGGAGUUGAUUUUUAAAAAGAAAUGUUUUAUAAGAAGCCAAGAUGUUUGUUUUUUUCCAUUCUGAAAUGUGUUAUGAUAACAAUGACCUAUUUAUGAUCUUAAAUCUUUUUUUUUAAAAAGUCUCUGUGUGGUAUUUUCAUGUUUAAAUCCAAAUGUAAAAAUUGAGCGCUGCUCCCAGGCCAGUUCUAAUUUACUUCUUUACUGCAUAGUGGUUAGACAUUUAGUCACCCAGAAUAUGCGUCCUCGGGAUAUAGCUUCGGAGAAUUUGUUCCAAGACUGUGACGCUUUGAUAUGAGUUGUUACAGUAAAGACAUGUGCAGUUUCUCCUAUUCAGAAGCAGGGGUGUGGUCUUGAGGCCCUGCACUUGAUGAAUAUGAAGGAAUUCUUUACACAGGGCUCCGGCUCACUUUGAUACUCUGGGAAAGUAGAUAUUAAAAUGAGCUGUGUCCAUCACAAGGAUUUUAGCAAAAAA